GAAGCUGGAACUGGGUCAACAGGACUACCGCCAAAAAGGGCCUGUUUGUCAAGCCUUGAAAGGAAUUGCUCCCAUUGGUUAAACUGGAUUUUGUUGUUGUUCGAAAUUGCGGUACAAAGUCAGAGAGUGCGGAGAACGACGCCCCCCAGUGUUCAGUUCGAGUGGUUAGGCUGCCUUAACAGAUCGCUGUUUGGUUAAAGUGCGAGCGAGAAGCAGCAACCGCAACGUUGCUGAUUGGUCCGCGUGGUGCUACCUGCUGCGACUGAUGGCCGACAUUUUCGUUUAGUAGUGUUGUUAUUGUUGUUGUGUUUGCUGUUUGCUCUGCUUCCCUCAUUCUUCACAGAAAGCCAACGAUCUUGCGCAGCAGACGUUUCCUCAAAUCAGUCAGGCAGUGGCCGGGUAACGAGAAAGACAUCAAUCGCCGUCGUCGUCAUUUUCGUCGUUGCAAACCAACUUAACGGUUCUCUACUCAAGCCGAUUUUGACAGUUUGUGAAUAAUAUUGACUCGGAAUGCUUAUUGAUGAUCUCCAUACGUUAUUGAACUUGUCACGCUGUCGUGUGUGAAAUUACAAACGCAUAGACGACACCAAGGAGAACAGUUCCUUUAGUAUCUUGUAUUUAAAAUUCCACAGUGCGAGCACAGAAAAAGUUUUGACUUUAAGUGGUGUGAUAAAAAAUAUGACAGUUACCGCGUUAGCCGCCGCAAUGCACAGACCCUUCUUUAAUGGAUAUUCAGCAAUGCAAGACAUGAACGGCGGCCAAGGUCGUGUCAAUCAACUAGGAGGAGUCUUCAUAAACGGGCGUCCUUUGCCCAACAAUAUACGCCUCAAAAUUGUCGAGAUGGCUGCCGACGGCAUACGACCGUGCGUUAUAUCGCGUCAGCUGCGCGUCUCUCAUGGCUGUGUUUCCAAAAUACUGAAUCGCUAUCAGGAGACAGGCUCCAUUAGGCCGGGAGUGAUUGGCGGUUCUAAGCCACGCAUCGCCACGCCCGAAAUUGAGAAUCGCAUUGAGGACUAUAAGCGCACCAAUCCGGGCAUGUUCUCCUGGGAAAUACGCGAAAAGCUGAUAAGAGAGGGCAUCUGCGAUCGCAGCACUGCACCCUCCGUCUCGGCCAUAUCGCGUCUAGUACGCGGUCGUGACGCUCCACUUGAAGGAGAACUCUCCUCCCACAAGCCCUCCAGCUGUAGCUCGGAUCUUUCGCACAAGCCCUCCGAUGAGGACUUAUCCGACUGCGAGAGCGAGCCAGGCAUUGCCUUGAAGCGGAAACAGCGUCGUUGCCGCACCACCUUCUCGGCCGUCCAACUGGAUGAGCUGGAGCGCGCCUUCGAGCGCACUCAGUAUCCCGAUAUAUAUACGCGAGAGGAGCUGGCACAGCGCACCAAUUUGACGGAAGCCCGCAUCCAGGUGUGGUUCAGCAACCGGCGGGCACGUCUGCGGAAGCAGCACACCUCUGUGACGGGCGUGAGCACGCCCAGCUCUGUGGUGCCCAAUGUGAGUUCCUAUAGUGGCCAUUCGGUGGCCGCCGCUGCCGCCGCAGCAGCAAUGAUGCCCACCAUCGACUAUCAACAGCAAUACGACUUCUAUGGCAGCAGCGCUCCCACUGCCAUUGCCGUGAGCAGCAAUCUCUCGCCCAGCACAACAGCUUCGUCCAUGAACUCGACGACUCCGCCACACCACCAGCAGCUCUACAAUCCGUCCAGCACAGCCAGCUAUGUGAUGCCCAGCUCCAGCGCUUCUACCACUGGCGGCAGCGGCGGACCCAACAUCAUUGUCUCCAGUCUGGCCGGCACGUCAACCUAUGAAAGCCAGCUGGCUUCGGUUUAUACCACCGAGUCCGAUCCAAAUCAGACAAUGCCGCGCAACGAGAGCCCCAAUGAGUCGGCAUCCUCCAACUUCGGCUCGAACACUAUACAGCUGCCACCCACGCCCAACAGCCUAUCAGCCGUGGUUGGCGGCGAUGCUACGACCCAGGUGGUUAUAAAUGGCAGCGCCAGCAGCGAGGAAUUGUCGGCUGCCUUAAAAGUGGAGGCAGCUGAUCUUGUGGCCGCCCAACCACAGCUCUACAGCAGCUGGAGCUCUACGCUGCGCCCCAAUGCGCCGCUAUCGCCGGAGGACUCUCUCAAUUCGACCACGUCGAAUGCCCUGGAGGCGAGUCUAGGCAGUGUCGGUGUCGGUGUUGGUGCCGGCGCCCAUCAAAUGUUCCAUCCGUAUCAGCAUACGCCACAGUUCGCGCCCUAUUCUACGCCCGCGCACCCUCAUCCCCACCACCACCAUCAUCCGCAUGCGCACCAUCCCCAUGCACAUGCUCCUCAAUAUCCGACCGCACCCCACCACUAUCCGCCGACGUCGUCAACGCACUUCAUGCCCCAAAACUUCAAUGCAGCCGCCGCCGCAGCUGCCUUCUCCUCGCCCUCUAAGGUCAACGUAAACUAUCCGACAAUGCCGCCUCAGUCGUUCUAUCACGCCUGGUACUAAGAGAGUGUUUCCACCCCAGCCGCUUUACCACUCCUGGUACCAGAGGAAUCCUUCGGCGGUCUCCGAAACAAUUCCGAUAGCCGUUCUAUCACUCCUCGUACUAGAGGAGUUCUUCGAAACGGUUUUCGUGGAGAUUCUGAUCAGAGCCGGCCUUCAGGACUUUUGACGUCGCCAAAGACAAGAUCAUUUCCAUUUCGAUAUAUAUAUUUUUGUAUAUAGUAAAUAGCCAAUAUUUUAAAUACAAUGUUAAGUCUGCCAAGUAAUUGGGUAUUUGGAUGAAAUAGCGCUUAAAAGUUUGUAAGUCUUCGCCUUGAUUCUACUUCAUAAUAGUUUCAAUUCUUAGUUCUAAGUUCAAUGCCUUAUCCCGUUCCUAUAAGUUUGAGAGUCAGCUCGUGCUAAA